AUGAGGUCCGCCCUUUUCAGCGUCCUUGGCGCCCUGCUGCUGGCCCACGACGUCACCGCACAGCAGUCCGUGGUUGUCCCUGGCUUCAAGAACACGAAAUGGGUGCUCAAAAGCGAAGGCGGUUCGAACUACGCCUGCAAGUGUCAUCCAGGAGACUGGUGCUGGCCAACUUCAGCGCAGUGGCAGCAGCUGAACGCCAGUGUCGGCGGCAAUCUGCAUAUCAACAUCCCGCCGGGAGCGCCAUGCUACAACACGUUCGAGGGCCCUCUGGGCACCAUCAACACCUAUGAUGCCGCAAAGUGUGCCGAGGUUACCGCCAAUUGGAACAGCGAGCAAUUCCAAGUCGAGCUUCCUACUGCUGGCCUCUGGACCUACUUCACCAAUGACACCUGCCGGCCCACGACAAACCCCAGCGACACCUGCACUCUGGGCUACUAUCCCGUCAUGGUCAUCAUGGCCAAGACUAUCGAUCACAUCAAGGCCGGUGUCAACUUUGCCCGCACUCACAACCUGCGUCUCAUUAUCCGUAACACCGGCCACGACUUUCUUGGCCGCAGCGUCGGCUGGGGUUCCCUGGUGAUCAACACACACAGCUUCCAGAACAUCAAGUUCCACAACAAGUACACUGCCUCGUGCGGCUACAAGGGUCCUGCCGUCACCCUCGGUGCUGGUGUCCAAGCCUUCAAGGUUCUUGAGCAGGCUCAUGCUCUCAACCCCCCCAAACUGAUGCUCACUGGUGAAUGUGCUACUGUUGGUGUUGCCGGCGGUCUUGUCCAGGGCGGUGGCCACGGUCCGUUGACCAACUUCUAUGGCUUCCUUGCCGAUACUGCGCUCGAGUUCAAGGUCAUUACUGCCGAUGGCUAUCUCAGGACCGUCAAUGAAAGAGCUCAUCCCGACCUCUUCUGGGCACUGAGGGGUGGCGGCCCCGGGGCCUUUGCCGUUAUUGUUGAGGCUACCUUCAAGCUCUUCGACGACAAGCCGAGCGCUGGCAUCACUCUUGACAUCAACUCGGCCCACACCACCAAUGAGACCCUUUUCUGGGAGGCCGUACGCAUCUUCCACAGCUACAGCACCCACUUUGUCGACAACAACAUUUAUGUGUAUUACGAGCUGGGCGCUGGCGGUCUGAAUCUCCACGUCCGGCCCAUUGUCGGCAUCGGCAAGACCCUUGCUGAGCUGCAGGCCAUUGUCCAGCCGCUCUUCGACGACCUCAACGCCCUCGGUAUCACCUAUGACACCGAGAGCCACAGCUUCAAUACCUUCUACGAGCUGUACAACAACAUGUUCGAGACUGAAGUCGCUGGCAACUCGGCUCUCACUGGCGGCUGGACCCUCGCACGCGAGGACGUUGUUGCCAACCAUACCGCCGUCAUCGAGGCCUUCAAGAAAGUCGUCGCCGCCGGCUCCUUCAUGGUCGGUCACAUGUGGAGCGCCGGCCAGAACCUUCCCCGGAGCGAAUGGCACAAGAGUGCUAUUAACCCACGCUUCCGCCACGUCGUCGACAAGCUCAUCACAAUCGUCCCUAUUGGCGGCAACGCCCCGCUCGCUGACAAGGAGGAGGCUCAGCACCGCCUGACCUACGUUGUCGACGGCGCCCUCCGUGAGGCUUCUCCCAACGGCUGCGCUUAUAUCAAUGAGGCCGACCCGUUCCAGCCCAACUGGCAGCAGGCGUUCUGGGGCACCAAUUACCCGCGGCUUCAGCAGAUCAAGAAGAAGUACGAUCCUGAGGGCCUCUUUUACACCGUCUCCACCCCGGGCACCGAGAGGUGGUCUCAGAUUGAGACUGGCACCAGACUCUGCUACAAGCUUUAA